AGUUGAUUCAGAGGGCAUCCGUUGGAUAGCAGAGCAGUGCGUGGGCAUAGCCCGAGCUUUAAGCGCGAUACACAAGUUUGGCCGAGGGAAAUCCGAAAGAAAGGGACUCUCGGGGCCCGAAAUCGAAUACGGACGGCAUGGAGAUCUCAAGCCUGAAAACAUCCUCUGGUUCAAGGACAACGAUUCGUCUAAUCCCCGCGGAAUUCUGAAAAUAGCUGAUUUCGGUCUAACGAGUUUCCAUGCAUCCGCAGGGAGCCGACAGAAGGAGCAGCGGCACACACCGACGUACCGAGCCCCUGAAUACGAUCUUGACAGAGGAACCACCACUCAGGCAUAUGAUAUCUGGUCUCUUGGGUGUUUGUUUCUUGAACUCAUAACGUGGGUUCUGACUGGGUCUCACGGCGUUGACGACAAGUUCACCGUAGCUCGGACAAUGGACGGGCCCCAAAAAGCGGCUGAUGACAGCUACUUUAUUGUCAAGCGAGAUGAAGUAGCUGGUGUUCUGCGCGCGGAAGUCAAGCCUUCUGUAACUGAGUGGAUAGGCAAGUUGCGCCAACAACCGAACUGCACAGCCUUUGUGCGUAGAAUGCUAGAUAUAAUAGAAACCAGAAUGUUGGUAGUCGACGUUGGAGAACGCAUUGACGCCGCACAGUUCGUUUCUGUUCUUAAAGAAGCAACAUCCCAAAUUGGUACCGACAUCUCGGAUCAGAUUCCGCGCGUGGCACAACGCAUGGCACAACGCCCACUGCCGGGAAUAUUGGGAGAUGAAAGCCAAGAAGAAGUUACAAGCGUUGAUUCUCGGCCGUCGAAUGGACUUCCCCUGAGAAAUGGCGUCAGGAACCUAAGGUUGGAGAGACUCGAUACGACAUCUCACAAAAUAACUACCUUUGAUAAGCUGAGGUUGCGGAUCGAGCGACAUUUCGGCCAUCAGUUUGACUGGUCCCCACUACCCCCGGUGAACCGGCGUCAAGCUAAGAGUGAAGCACGUCUCAUAUGGGAGUAUGGUGGCCAGGAGAUGUCGAUAUUUUUAAAUCGCCAUCAGUACGAGAGUUGUAGAAACCGCGUACAUGUGUGUAACGCGGAGAUUCUACCAAUAGCGAAUGCUCCUCAAAGUUCUUCCCCAUCGACCGCAUCACCCAGCCGGACAACUCGCUGGCAGUCCUUCUGCAAUAGCACCAUGAAGGUACUUCAGUGUUGGCGGAGAAACCGUGGGGUCAAGUGCCAUACUGCAGCAACAAACCCUGCAUCCAGCCCGACGAGCAACGCCCGAAAAGAAUCGUAUUUCUGCAUCGACAAGUACUGGACAAGUGUUAAGCAGACCAACAUGUAUACCGUCCCAUCAGUCGAUCUGAUGAAAGACGACCAUCAGCUUUUUCUUCGUCUUCGAGAGAGUCUCACGACCGCACAAGGAUCUUGGCUGCAUCGCUUGAGCUCCUGGAGAACGUGCACAGGGGUGCAGCUAUCUAAGUUUACCUUUCUCUUCGACAACAGCGAUCUAGUCAAGGCUUUCGAGCAGAAAGCAGACGGAAAGACUCGGGAAUUGUGCAAAGGAUACGAAUAUUUCCCCCUGCCGGACCUCGAGUUCGACGAGCACAUGCAGCUCAUGGCCGAGACCAUACUCCAGGGACUGCAAAAGCCUGAGCUCGGCCGACACGGGCGCGCGGUGCUCGACGGUAUCCCAAAACUGCGAGCCCCCCCGGGGCUCCAUAAGAGACAGUACAAUUCCGGAUGGGGCUUCUACACCACCCAGGGCUUUUGCCUGGUGAAGAUUCUGCGCUGGGUUGGCGCGAUAUUAUCUCCCGGGGUCGCCUUCGUUCUAGUCUGGCUUUCGUUGAUCAGCGCUGUUGAUCUGCAGAAUGCGUUCGUGCCCAUGUCGUUCCUGACGAGUCUGGUCGCCAUCAUCUUGGGAAUUGCCUUGAUGUUUCCGACUUGAUUGGCUUGUGACCAAUGCUCCGGCCGAAGCAGUCCGAAGUUACUAAGAAUAGCCUAGACACGGGACAUGUCAAGAACAAGGCGGCAAUGCUGAGACGACGGAGCUCAAGAGGAGUGACGUAUAUAGGCAAG